GGGGGUCGAGCGGCGAUAAGAAGUUCGGCGCCUGCAGCCUCAAGUCUGACCGUGAACGCUGCUAUAAUACCGUCCACCUGCACGGAGCUGCUCCGGGAGUUUCGCUCUUCGGCGCGCGUGGCUCAACUUCCAGUGGAAGACAAACACCUCUGAGGCAUAAUCUGAGCACGUCGGCACAACACGGGACACCGCCAGUCGUCCGGGGGCACAGGAGUCCACAAGUGGGUAGAGAGGAGAGAGAGAGAGAGGGAGAGAGGGAGAGACUGAGCUUGAAGUCAGGGAAAUGGAAAGUUCGCUUUGACACAAACUUUUUUUUUCUUCUCCGCCGCUCGCGAGGUAUUUUGGAAGUGAACCAUCUUUUAUUUUGAAGUCACUGGAGGGUGAAGGGAACGAAUACCAAGGUGUUUUUUUAAGUUUUUUUUAAAGCGUGUACGAGUUUGUCAGCAUCAGCAUGUGUGGACCGCUGGUGUUCCAGAUGUGGAUGGCUCUAUUGUUAGGGACCAUAACCGGGGUCGGGAGGGCUCAGGUCUCCACAGCCAGAGUGAUAAGGGGCAACAUCAGGAGAGACGACUUGUACCGCAAAGAGGAAAACGUCACAGUAACACCGGUGGUUGGAGUCAUCCACAGCCCACGCUACCCUAACGCUUACCCCCGCAACCUGCUGUUGUCUUGGAAACUGCUGUCACCGCCAGGGAGCCGCAUUCACCUGGAGUUUGACGGACACUUCGGCCUGGAGGAGUCUGAGAACGGAGUUUGCAGGUAUGACUUUGUUGAAGUGGAGGACCAAUCAGAGACGAGCACUAUAAUUUGGGGUCGCUGGUGUGGACAGAAAGCUCCACCUAGUCUCAACUCCAAGACCAACACGCUCAGAGUCACCUUCAAGUCUGAUGAUUACUUUGUUGCAAAGCCAGGAUUCAAAGUCUACUACUCACUGCUGUAUGACUCUCCUCUACCUGCAGCCAACACCAACUGGGAGGCUGUCACUAUGCCUAUGUCGGACAGCACUGGAGGGCAGAUUCCAGUCACGGCCACAAAGGUUCCCUUCUCGCUGGAGGAUCUGGACCGGACCAUCGCUGCCUUCGACACUGUGGAGCAGCUUCUCAGAUCCCUGAACCCAGACACCUGGAGACAGGACCUGGACAGCAUCUACACGCAAACACACAUACAUUAUAUAUCCAGGACCUAUCAUCUGGCAAGCAGACAUAAUAAAGUUGAUCUGAACCGUCUAUAUGACGACGUCAAGCGGUACAGCUGUACCCCGCGCAACUACUCGGUGAACCUGCGCGAGGAGCUGAGGGCCACCAACGCCGUCUUCUUCCCCCGAUGUCUGCUGGUCAAACGCUGCGGCGGCAACUGCGGCUGUGGAACGGACAACUGGAACAAUGGCUGCACCUGUCAGGCCUCGAAGACGGUGCCCAAACUGCACGAGGUGCUGAAGUACGCCCCCGAGGUCACUUUGCAUCAACGCCAUCGGAGGUCGCGGGUGCGUUGGGUCAUAGACGAGAUCUUCCUCACACACCAUGAGACGUGUGAGUGUGCGUGUCCCUCCCAGCCGCCUCGCUGAGACACUCGAGACUGGCAGCAUGCUUCUGGAACUGUUGGACGAGCUCUUCUUUUAUCUAUUUUGUAACAGAACUUCAUAUAAUAACAGCAACGCUUCUUCUUAAAGAAGAGAGCCACAAUUUGACUGGCAAACCGCAGCUGGUAUCGCGCGCGCACACACACACACACACACACACACACACAAUGGUUUCUGUUCUUGCGAGUAAACCCCCUACAUUCCUCUGUACACCGGACACCACUGCGAAUGCGUGAAUGUGUUUCAAUGCGAUGGUAUUUGUUAUUCAGCUCUCCUGCAACUUGGAGAUUUAAUUUGAACUGUUUAGACCAAAUAAAACAUCACUGGUGCACCGUGAAACUUUGGGGCACUUCUUCUGCCAGCAGCACGCUGGGAUGAGUGAGCGUGAGACAGAAGGAGGGAGGGACGGAGAGGGGGCAGAAGGAAGUGUAAAGCAAAACACCGCUUUAUCUUGAUUUGAAUUUAGGCUGACCACAACCCUCCAGAUCUGCACUGCACACACACACGCACACACACACAGACACACACACACUCACUCCAGGAUUUCACUGCGACUUAAAGACAAAAAAAACUGUAGUUAUUUAUAUUGAAUCCUCGGCUGCUCUAUUUCUCAGUGAAGGGCUCUUUUGUUUUGCACACAUUCCCGUCUGAGUAUAUUCGCACUUCCCCUAUGUCUGCACCUCCAUCCACUCCCAUCUCAUCCCUUGUCUUUCCCUCUCACUAACGCCCAUCUCUGACAACACGUGCGCUCUUUUGUGCGCCCCCCCCCCCUCGAACGCACCAGAGGAGAUGUCCGACCGGGCCGCUGUGAUCUGCCCAAUUUCUCCGAACAUUCCUGGCAUUCCGGCUGCUAACCGGAAUUCUGCUAACACGGAUAAAACCACGAAGUCCAGACCCUAAGGACACAACACAGGAAAGACGCUCAGGAAGACACACAGAGGGGAAGUUUUCCAAAGAAGUGUCUGGCAGACCAGGGACAAUCGAGCUGCCUGUUAGUAGAUCACCAGCACUCCUGGAUGAGCGCUGAGAGGGGGGGGGCGCUGUCAAGAUUUGACACGGACAAACAUGGCUGCUCCUUGAGCCAUUUCAAUCGGCAUGUGCUGCUUUUUUUUUGUCAUGAACGUGCUCCUAGAGAUCUGUGGGAAUUAGAGAGGUGCUGUUAAGUCUUUGCUGAAAAAUACAACUGAUACUUCAGAGGGGAAAGAGGGAGAGUGUGUGCGUGUGUGUGUGUGUGUGCAUGUGUGUGUGUGUGUGUGUGUGUGUAUGUGUGUGUGUCUGUGUGUAUGUGUGUAAGAGCUCAGGAAGAGGUCCUUUUGUUUUAAGGGGUAGGAGGUUAAGAACAGUCUGUAAGAGCUGGCAGCAGAUACAAGCAUGUGAGUGGUCGGCAUGUGACUGUGCAUGCGAGUGUGUGUGUGUGUGUGUGUGUGCGUGCGUGCGUGUGCGUAGAGUGUGAGUGUUGUGCAUGUGUCGGUAGCUCAAGUAUCAAAGCACCAGAGCUGGAAUUUCAAAUGAACUCCUCCACAAUUCCAUACACAUGACCCGGCUGUGAGAAAUAAAAGACGGCGUCAUCCGUCAUCUCCCCAUCUUCCCCUACUGUGCAUCCCGCCGUCACGCGCGCGCUUACAAGGCUGGAUUCACAACAGAGAAAAAUGGGAUUUGACACACUACUCUUGUUUUAAAACACGGAGCAGAAAAAAAAAUGAAAGGAUAACUGGACACAGAUGAUUUCCUCAGUCACAGCAAAACCCCAUCAGCUGUGUGCUGGCAGCACUUUUAUGUGCAUGUCUGUACUGUAAGUCACGGAUGAUAUUUGGCAGGUGUGGGAAACAAGAAUAUUCCAAAAGCGGCAGUCAAUGUCCCAGACACCAUCCACACACACAGAGAUGUCCCCCCUUUGAUUCAACAGUAGCACCGGUGGAUAACAGGCCAGAUGGUGAUUAGAUAGCGUGACGAUUUCUGAUGCGCUUUGCUGUAAAAUGUAUUGUUACCCUACCGACAACCAUGUUAGAGCUUUUAUGAAAUCCAAAUGCAUUCUUUGUCUGUAAUAAACGACUGCGAGGGGCGUGUGCGCAUCCUGUGUCUGCCAGUUUGCCGACGUUAUCAGCACAUUCCAUUGCCGCUCGUUCCAAAGCGCUUAGUUUCCUCUUGCCGUUCGUUUCAAUGGAACCACAUUUAUUCCAAAGGAAGACAUUUCAACCUAGACGUUGUUGUUUUUUUAUUCACACCAGCCAAGAACACCUAAGACCUUCGAGAACAUUUCAGAAUACCACACUCUCAAUUGAAGUUGGUCCAGAGUUCCAGCCUCCCGUCUGAGAAUUUGAAUGGUUGUAUUUCAAAUCUGAGGAAAUGUAUUAGUUCUAACACAAACAAAGUCAACCUUGCCUUUGCUGCAUUCAGACAAAAUAGUCACAAUGACAACUGUAUGCCUUUCUUAAAUAAUUUAUUGUCUCUCGCAGUUGUUUUAUUAAAAACAUCAGCUUGGUUUUGAUGAAUAAAAUAUUUCUAGCA